CUUCCUCCUCCACCUCCACCUGCCACAGCAGAGACGCAGCGAUGGAGAGACGCUUCUAUUCUUUAUAAGCCCACGAAAAAGAGGAAGAAGAAGGAGAAGAGAGCGAGAGAGAGAGAGAAAGAAAGAAAGAAGACCGAACAACAGCUCAGAGACAGCGCGCGAGAGAGGCGGAAACGUGGUUUGUCAGAGAAGCAGCUGUUGGUGUAAACUGCUCAAACUUAUUCCACUGCCGGUAUAAACUGCCUUAAAGGCACAUUUCACCCAUUCGUUUUUCUUCAAUUUGGACAUUUCGUUGUCUGAUUUUCGUGCGCUCUCACCUGUGCGGGUUUGCGCUCGCUCACACCUAGGUGUUCGCGUGUUUAAAUUGUGCGGAGCUUGGUUGCGGUGGGCUGUUGUUGGAGGAGGAGGAGGCGCGCACGCACGCUCGCACCUACUCACGCGCACACAGACCAUCACAAGACGCGGUGCGGCUUCUUCCAAGGAGGAAAUUGAAUUAGACGCGUUCAUCCCGCAGAAGAAGAAGGAGAAGAGAAGGUGGAGCACGGCUCUCUCAGGCUGCACUCUGCUUCCACGGAUCAAAGUACGUUUCCUCGGGGCCCAGCAGGAGUCUCUUCAUACCCCUCCACUCCCCGCUCCCCUCUGUCCUCCUCCCACUUUCACCCCCCAGUAACAGUAAGCCAUGUCUGGACACACGGUGACCAUCCCGGACGACCGGGCGUUCGCCAGCUUCAAGGCCGAGUGUCUCUACGAGGAAGGCUGGAGCAUGAGCUGCAACAAGGGGGGCAUCACGGUGUGGACCCAGGGUCUGGAAGAAGGGAAGUCCGUCCACAAAAUCAAGUGUCGGAUGGUGAGCAAGGACGUGUCAGCCGAGACCAUGUACGAUGUGCUCCAUGACAUCGAAUACAGAAGGAAAUGGGACAAAAAUGUUAUCGAGACCUUCGAUAUAGGCAAACUCACAGUCAACGCGGAUGUUGGUUAUUACUCAUGGAAGUGUCCACAGCCUCUUCGGGACCGUGACGUCAUCACACUUCGCUCCUGGCUGCCAAUAGGGAAAGAUUAUAUUAUCAUGAACUACUCUGUUAAACAUGCAAAAUACCCACCGAAAAAGGGGUUAGUGCGAGCUGUGUCCAUUCAGACCGGCUACAUGAUACAGACCCAAGGACCCAACCAUUGUACCCUCACCUACAUGGCCCACAUAGAUCCACGAGGUUCAUUACCCAAGUGGGUUGUCAACAAAUCUUCUCACUUAUUUGCUCCCAGUGCAAUGAAGAGGAUCAACAAAGCCUGUUUGAAGUAUUCUGAGUGGAAGCAGAGACACAACCCCAACUUCAAACCAUGGCUCUACCCAGAGCAGACUACACUUCCCAGCAUCCCACUCUCUGAGCUCAGCAUCCAGCGUGCGGAGAGUCUGGAGAAUAUCGAUGAGAGCUCUCUGGCUGAGGCCCAGGAGAGAGAAGACAGCGACUAAUGUGCACACACACACACACCCACACACACACACACACACACACACACACACACACACACACACUGGCAUGAAUACAUGACUAUGUAUGUGUGUGUACAUGCGCGUAGACAUUGGUUACAUACUGUACAUACAUUUGCACAUGCAGACGUGUAUAUAGUAUGUAUGUAUUUUCACCAGUCAACUCAUACUUCACCAUCUUAAUCCCAAACAUUUAUAACACGCGCAAUCAUGCAAUUCAGAUCCACCCAUUCACAUGGGGACUCGUGAAUAUCAGUGGACUACUUGUAUUUACAUAUCAGUACAUUAGUAUUAAACAUGUCGGUCAAGAUUUUCUAAUGUGGACCUAUGCAGACCAUCACAGCAAAAUAUGUUUUCCGCCAAGAUUCAUUGAUGAAAUGCCCUGUUGUCGUUCACAAUAUGAACAGGAGAAUCAAGAAUUAUACAUUCCUCGUGGCGAAACAGUGGUGCAGCCCUGAUAUCGUAAUAUAAGAACAUACCUGUAUGUAGACAUAUCGACACACACCUUUUAUUCACGCUGCGUUUACGCACUCGCGCACACGCGCAGAGUUUAUGUCCAUGUUGUCUCUCGUCACAUUAUGUCUCUCCAUUACAUUUUGUCACUGCAUAAUUAAUAUGCAGGUGUACAGAAGGCAGCUGGAACACCAAAACUUCACCUGAAACCCCCCCCCCACACACACACACACACACACUUACACUUACACUUAACACACACACUCACAUGUACUGUCUGCUCCUCUAUUUGAGAGAUGUAUGAAUGUAUGUAGAGUUUAAAAAUUAAAUACAAAUUCCUACAAAGGUUUUCAAAUUUCA